AUGCACAUUUCUCAGAAACUCCUCCAGGCGAGGGAGGAGGGCAAGCCGACCUUCUCCUUCGAAUUCUUUCCGCCCAAGACAGCGCAGGGAGUUCAAAACCUCUACGACCGCAUGGACCGCAUGCAUGGCUUCGGUCCGCAAUUCAUCGAUCUUACCUGGGGCGCUGGUGGCCGCCACUCCAAGUUGACCUGCGAGAUGGUCAAGGUCGCACAAUCCGUCUACGGCCUCGAGACCUGCAUGCAUCUUACAUGUACCGAUAUGGAAAAGUCCAAGCUCGACGACGCCCUCCGAGACGCAUACAAUGCCGGCUGCACCAACAUCCUCGCCUUGAGGGGAGACCCGCCACGUGAGCGAGAAAAGUGGGAGGCAACAGCAGGUGGCUUCCGCUAUGCAAAGGAUCUCGUCGUCUACAUCAAGGAGAAGUACGGAAACCAUUUCGACAUCGGUGUGGCGGGAUACUCCGAAGGCAGCGACGACAAUGACGAUGUCGACGAGCUCAUCGACCAUCUCAAGGAGAAGGUUGAUGCCGGAGGAACAUUCAUUGUUACACAAAUGUUCUAUGAUACUGACCUUUUCCUUGAGUGGGUCAAGAAGGUUCGUGCCAAGGGCAUCGACGUUCCCAUCAUUCCCGGUAUCAUGCCCAUCCACACCCAUGCCGCGUUCCUACGGAGGGCCCAAUGGACGAGAUGCAACAUCCCGAAGCACUGGACUGAGGCCCUGGAGCCUGUCAAGAACGAUGACGUCGAAGUGCGUGAAGUCGGCAAACAUCUAGUCGCCGAAAUGUGUCGGAAGCUGAUCGACGCUGGUAUCACACACCUGCACUUCUACACUAUGAAUCUCGCGCAAGCCACCCGCAUGGUCCUUGAAGAGCUAGACCUCCUACCCGACCCCGAGUCACCACUAGAGAAGCCUCUUCCAUGGCGGCCUUCGCUGGCGCUCAACCGACGAGACGAGAACGUACGACCAAUCUUCUGGCGCAACCGCAACCGAUCCUACAUUGCUCGCACACAAGACUGGGACGAGUUCCCUAACGGUCGCUGGGGAGAUUCGCGUUCACCUGCCUUUGGCGAGUUGGAUUCUUACGGCAUCGGUCUGAAGGGUACCAACGAGCAGAACAUCAAGUUAUGGGGCACACCAAUGUCGAUCAGAGAUCUAUCCGAACUCUUCGUACGCUAUAUGGAAGGAAAGCUCGAAUCUUUGCCGUGGAGCGAACAGCCCAUUACGACCGAAGCUGGGUCUAUCCAGGACGAUCUGAUCAAUCUGAACCGCCGCGGAUUCCUGACCAUCAAUUCCCAACCUGCUGUCAAUGGAGCCAAGUCUUCAGACCCGGUAUUUGGUUGGGGCCCGCGUAAUGGUUAUGUCUACCAAAAGGCUUACCUGGAGGUCUUCGUCUCUCCGGAACACAUCUCUGAGAUCAUCACGCGUCUCGAACGCGAUCCUGAAUUCACCUACUAUGCUGUGAAUAAGGAUGGCGAUUUGAAGACAAAUGCUCCCAACGAAGGACCGAACGCUGUUACAUGGGGUGUCUUCCCAGGCAAGGAGAUCGUACAGCCAACCAUUGUUGAAACAGUGAGCUUCCUCGCCUGGAAGGACGAAUUCUACCGCCUUGGACAGCAAUGGGCAAACUGCCAUGCAGGUGUCAGUCCAUCGCGUUACGUGAUCCAGGACGUCGUAGACACCUGGUACCUCCUGAAUAUCGUACACAACGACUUCCACGCAACCCGUGGCAUCUUCCCCAUCUUCGACGGUUUAGAAGUCAAGGACAUGGAUAAGCCGCUGGUCAACCCCAGCGUUGAUCUUCCUAGCGCAAACGGAGACGAAGCGACAAAGGUAGUCAACGGCGGUAGCCACACCAACGGCACGAACGGCGAGCAAGCUGAACCCCAUAAGGAAGAAAAUCCAAGCCUAAUCGAUGCUGCCAAAGCAGCCGCUGUCGAGGUCACCAACGGCAUGAGAAGCCUGGCAAUGUCCAACUAG